GACCACUUUACUCGUGCCUUGUACGUUUGUCUCGUGGUACAUUCGUAUCCUCAAGAUGCACUUACGAAUCAGCACGAAUCGAUAUCUUCGUACCAUAUCACAGAAAACACGUUUUCUGCAUGCACCAUCAGCAUGUCUACGCUUCUUCCGCAACACCCUUGCAAGUAGACGAUGAGGGCUCGUCGGCUCAAGGCUACAUCCCUCCUUGUCUUCUUUCCUCUGUCAGAGUGGCCAUUCAGGUGGACUUCAACAUCUACUUCACCGGCUGCAAAAAAACCUACACUCGGUCGUAAGCAAACACUUUCGGUAUGUCGGGUCCGUUCUUUGGCUAGCUAAACACCGAUGUCACGCAUCUAGCUGGUCGAAAUGCUUCCCUUUGCCUCAUCAAUCUGUAUCCUUGGUGCUCUCGCCUGUGGCUCUUUCGCAUUACAAAGCUCCCCGACAGUAUCCAGUGCCCCCGAUGUCAGCAGCUCAAGAAUAUAUACGAGUGCUAUCUCGAGCGUCAUAGCUGCGGUGACACCCAUGCUUGCUUUAAUUUACUUCUGUCCACUCUACCUUCUGUAUCGGCAUUCAAAGCGGCACCCAAGGUCUAUCAAUAAGAUAUCUGGGGCGCGAGUUCAGCAGUACGGUCCACUCGUGUAUGUAUUCUUGCUGGCUGUUAGCUUGGCAGAGGUUGCAGAUGCCACUUGGUUGUUGCUGCAAUUUCGCUUCAACAACAACGCACCUGAUCCCAUCACCCGCAGUGGUGUACGCUUUCUCUUGUUUUCAGCCUGUUGGACAACUGUGACCUCGGGCACAUACACUUUGUUCUUCCUCGAUCCCUUGUGGUCCAGACAUCCAAUCGCAUCUGUAGGUACACAGGCAAUCUGGGUGCUCGUAACAUGGGUAUUCUGGGUUGCUGGGGCAGGUCUGUUCAACAAGUCGCUUCCUCGCUUGUUCAUGGGUGGAUCAUGCGAUGGAGUGGUGUAUUGCGGUCAGUUGCAGAUGCUCUUCGCCCUUGCAGUUGUUCAGAUCCUCACCUUGACCUUUGGAAUGCUUGUGAUUACCUGGCUCGUUUGGCAAUCGGCCCGCAGUAUUCGCCAUCCGAUGGUUAUCCGAGUUGCAGCCGCUAUAUAGGCACAUAGUUCUGGCGAGUAACUUUGAGCACCGCCGAGGCCAUUUCCGCAUUACCGCCAUAACUAGUUACGAUCCGGAGUCUGUUCUGUAUUAUGAACAAUAGUGACUGCUGUACUAUAUGGAGUUCUGGUACAUAUGUGACAGUGUGUAGAAUAGAUAUUAUG